CUCCACAAUGAGAGCAUCAACAGAACUCCUCAUUGUCUUCCUAUUAUGUUUAGCUGCAGCUGUACCUCAGGAAGCUAAAGAUGGACAAGAUGCAAAGAUAUCAGAUAGAGAAAAUGCUAAGUUAUCAGAUGGACAAAAUGUUAAUUCCACGGAUGAACAAGAUGCUAAGUUCUUUAUCAAGUCUUACUCAACUACCACUUGGACCUUCUUGUCUUCGUUCACCUCCACAGUACCCUACACCUGUUACACAACUGCUGCCGGUGUCGUAGCUUGCAGGGGUCGUCGGAUGCGUAAUUCUAAAAGGCUUUUCGUGGAACGGGAUGCGGAUACCUUUGAACUUCUCAGCAGCAUAUCUGGUGACGACGUCAAAGAAGACGACAGGUUGUCUGAGAGCGAGAAGUUCUUCUUCACGUUGUGGAGGACAUCUAGCUCUACCGUCACCGUCACUACCUACUCUACCAACCGUUCUGUUACUGUCUCUGUGUCAGUAAUGUGCACUUACCCUGGCGUCGCCCUCAACUUCUGCUAGCAUGGAAACCACCAUUGACCAGUGAUGUUCAUCCUUAUAAACUCUUUCUGAGAUUUCUUAGCAAUUAUUCCAGUCUUACUGUUAUUACUGUCUUCCUGUGGAUGAACAACGACCGAGGUUAAAUAUUCUCAUAAUGUAAACAUUGUAAAUACAUAACUGACCCCUAAUAAAUAGAUU